AUGAAGAUCCUGACGUGCCCAGCCCAGCUGCAGCGUCUGGAGGGGAUCCUGAGGAAGAGCCUGCCCCUUGCCCUGCCGGUCUUUGGGGCAGUGCUGAACAUCAACCGGGGCAACCCUGGCCAGUUUGAGGUGCUGGUGGACAAGUGGCCUGAAUUUGGUGCUGUGCUGGCCCGGCCCAGUGGAGAGGUGCCAGUGAACAACGGCUACUGGAACACACAGGCAGGGUUUUACCGGGACCUGGGGGCGUACCGGGCGCUGCUGGAGACCCCCGGCUGCCUGCACUGGGACGCUGCCUUCACCCUCAUUGGGCUACAGGACGGGCUGGCCACAGUGUCCCAGGACCUGGCAGGGAGGAAGGGUGUGGAGCUGGACAUCGUCGAGUACUACUCCUACUGGCACCCUGACCCCAGCACCAUGCCUGAGCCCCGGCCAGCCCCCGGGGUGCGCAUCGGCUCCCUGAGCCCCUCACACGUGGACCUGCUCAACGACACAUGGCCCUACGGGGGGAAUGCCCGCAGCCGGCGCUACCUGGCUGAGAUUUUGGGGCGCUUCCCGCAAGUCUGCCUGCAGGACAGCAGCGGGCAGCCCAUCGCCUGGGUGCUGACGGAUCAUUUCGGGACGGGCACCCACAGCUACACGCUGCCCGAGCACCGGCGGUGCGGCCACAUGCAGGUGGUACUGACGGUGGCGGCGCAGCGGGCACAGUCCCGCGGGUUCCCCACGUUCGGGCACACGGCGCUCUGGAACCGGCCCAUGCAGCAGCUGCAGGAGCUGCUGGGCCACCAGCGCCUGCCUGGGGUCUGCCGCUACAUCCUGCACAAUCCCGGCCUGGACAGGGACGGGCCCUGA